AUGGCCCCUCUGCCCUUCAAGCGCACCGUCAAGCGCAAAUCCGUCGAGAAGCCUGCUGGCGAUGCUCAACCCCCCGAGCAGAAUGCCCAGGACUUUUUCAUCAGCGAUCUGCACAAAACCUUCUUCGACAAGAAGACGACCGAGCAGACGAAAACCCGCAAGCCGAACAGCAGGAAAUCUCAGGAGGAACACGAACUUGCAGAUCAACCGUCCUCUGAAGCUAGAGAAUCACCAGCGGCCAAGCGGCGAGCGUCGCAACAACAUGAUUCCAAGCGCCUGUGUGUGUCACUUUCAAGCGACGAGGAUGACGAUACAACCAGGCGGCGCCCCACCUCGAGAAAGUCGUCUAGCAUCAGCACACAGUCGCCAACGAGCACGAGACGAAGUGUAGCCGUCAAAUCGACAUUAUUCAGUCCUUCCGCCAAGUCCCGGCACUCCGGUUCUACCUCCAAGUUGACCGCCAGCACUCAGAUCAUAUCCCUUGACGACUCGGAUUCCGACGAUGGCGCAUACAGAACACCAACAAAAAUAAACAAGGGAAAAGGGAAAGCGAUUUCGCUAGAAUCUGAUGACGAGGAUACCCUUCCUCCGGGAGCAGAUCUCAUCAAUGUGGACGACGACGACGACGACGAUGAUGACCCCAUGGAACAAGACCUACCCGCUGAAGACGACCUCACGGCGAAAUACGUGAGGGAAGCUCAGGAGCGGGCAAGGCUGAGAAACUUGGAGAGACUUGCGCGAGAAGCUGAACCGUCCAGCCAGGAAGAAAGCUCUGCAUUCAUUUUGAUCGAAUCGCGCUUGGAAGGCUUGCCGAACUUGCGCUUCAAGAUCCAAACGACGAAGAAAAUGCAGCUUGUCCGAGAUACGUGGACUGCAAAGCUGAAGCAGGGCCUCCAGGAAGAAGGUUCUACGAUCCGGCCGUCAGUUCUUGACAGCAUGUUCUUCACAUGGAAGGGCAAUAGGAUUUACGAUUUUACAACAUUGAACAGUCUUGGAAUCAAGCCCGUUGAUGAUGAGGGUAACCUAUUUUCAAGGUCCGAGUAUCGAAAGGAAGGCUUUGCUGGUUGGGACAAAGUCCACAUAGAGGCAUGGACGCCUGAGCUCUAUGAGCAACAUCAAGCCGCCGUGGAGCUGGAGAGCAAGCGCAGGCGCGGCGAGAUCGACGACGAGCUUGAGGAGGAACCGGAACCCGCGCCAAAGCCGGAGGAGAAGAAGAUCAAGGUGACGCUACGAUCUAGAAACUAUGGCGACCAGGGUCUGAGGGUGCCUGUCAACUGCAGCGUCAGCUUCUUGAUCAAGGCGUUCCGGAGGGUGAAGACGGAACUUCCUGCCGACAAACAAAUCGAGAUACAGUUUGACGGCGAGCAGCUGGAGGCGAGCUCUACCAUUGAUGAGGCCGGUGUUGAAGAUAUGGAUGUGAUUGAGGUUCACAUCCGAUGA